AUGGAACAGCACUCGUCGCAGGAGCGGACACGGGCAAGAACCGCCUCCGUCUCUGCAGCUGCCGCCAUCGUCCACUCCCCCCCUUCCUCCGAAACCCCUCUUCAAUUCGACGACUCAACAACACCAACACCAACAGCUGCAAACCCAUUCCACCUCCACCCUUGGUCAACAGAGCGGGCCAAGGUCGCCGCAGAGACAGAGAUAUCCCCACCCAUCUCACCCAAACAACACGCCACCCUCGGAUCCCAGACCGACGACUUCCUUGAACCCCUCCAGGAGUCCAACUCGUCCUUCAACACCAUAAGUCAUCUCCUCGGAUACGACAAUGAUACCCAUACCCAUCCCAACUCUCACUAUUUCCAUAGUCAUAGCGACAGCCAAUCGACAACAGCACACGUUGCACGACGCCUCUCCCGAACAGGCAGUCUUCAUGUCAGCAACAGCAAUAGCAACCUCCUCUGUACACUUGAGCCCACUGAAGAAGCCUCAAGGCUCUUCUUGAUCGACACCCCUCCCAGCAGCCAUGCCACCUCUCCUUCUUCAGAGUCAUAUCCUACCCUGAAGGGCAAACCUGCUACCUUGCUCUCAACAGCAACAACAACAAUCACAACCUCAACCACCACGACAACAACCGCCCUCAAGAAGACAAUAACAACACGAGCACCAUAUCACUGCACGUCAAAGUCUGUCGGCCAAGUCAUCCGCGAAAUCUCCGAUGUGGUUGACGGACGGGACAAGACUAUCAAGGUCAUCCAGUACUUUGCCAAAGUUUUCCUCUGGCUCUUCCUUUCCGACCCAAAACAGUAUGCCAUCCUGGCAACCCGCCUCAAGGCCCUCGCCAAACAGUUUUCAACCACCCGCAAGGUCCUUCGACUCGGCCAUUUCAUCGACCCCAUGGCCUCGGUGCUGACGCUGGCCGUCGCAUUGAGAUCUAAUCUUCGAAAGCAGGGUCUUCGCCAGACACUCGAUAAGGCACCUAGCCAAAAGUGGGGCAACACUCUCCGGGAUCGACUUGGAUACUUGAACACGGUUUUGGGUUUCGUGCAGGACAUCUCGGAUGACAUCUACUGUCUAGGAGUCAUUGGUGUCUUGGACAGGAACUUUUCAGACAAGGCUGAGCCCUGGUCGAACCGGCUUUGGAUGGUUGGCGUGUCGAUCGAUCUUCACGAGAACCUACAAACCAUCCGGGAUGUCCGGAAACAAAUCACAGCCUUGGAGGUGCAGAUGGCCAUUGAAGGAGAUCAAGAUGUUGAGCAGGAAAAAUCCCGCCAGGCACAACAUGUCAAGCUGACGACCAAGCUUCACUGGCUCAAGGUCACCACCGUCAAGCUCGGAUAUGACAACCUCCACUGCUCCUUCUCCGACGGAUUCCAAGCUGUCACUGGCUUUAUCUCCGGUCUUGCUGGUGCCUACAAGUACGUCGGCAAGAUUAUGGAAUAA